CUUGACCAUUCUCCCUGAGACCGAGGCAGCUCGAGAAGCUGUGAAACGACGGCCACAAACAACAGGCAAUUACGACGGGUGUGGGUCUCUAUCGCCAGGCCAAUCGACCAUGUCAUAACGGGCCAUCCUCGGAAACCAUGUCGAACAGAUACGGCGGAUCCUCCCGCAACGGCAACGGAUACGGCAACUUUGGACGGCGCUCCCAGGACGACCGCGAGGGCGGGGACUACGACCCAUACGGCGAUAGCUACGGGAGCAGCGGCAGCGGCGGAGGAGGAGGAGGCGGAGGAGGUGGCGGCGGAGGAGGUGGCGGCGGGAACAGAUAUGGCGACGACGACUAUGGUGGCGGCGGCGGCAGCAAGUACGGAGAUGACCGCUACACCGAAUCCCCAAGGAGCCAGAUGAGCGCCCGAGCCGCUCCCCCGCCCGCGCCCCCGCCGGCGUCCCGCUACAAUGUGCCCCCGCCGCGGCCGAGCCAGCAGCGCAGCGGAGGAGGCGGAGGCGGAGGUGGAGGUGGAGCCGGAGCCGGAUACGAGUCGAGUGCGGAGCGGCAGAUCGCGCAGGUGCUGGAGCACAUCAAGAAGGACUGGCCGGCCAUGUGCCAGACGGACUGCGUCCCCGUGCAGCUGGCACUGCAGCUGCUGGAUAGCAGUUCGGUCGGGCGGGCGCACGAGUACCGCAACUUCCAGAACACGCACCGUUACCUACAAGACUCGCUCAAGAACAUCGUCCACGACUACCACCAGGGCUUCAACAGCUCCAUCGGCACGUUCCACAAGAUCCAGGGCAGCAUCCAGGCCUCGCAGAAGAAGGUGCGCGGCCUCAAGGAAUCGCUGGCCGCCGCCAAGGUCAGCCUGUGCACGACCGACCCGGAGCUCAAGAAGCUAUACAACUCGUCGCAGAUGUACGACGACCUGCUGCAGGCCCUGGGCGAGGUCGAUGAGCUGCGCCAGGUGCCCGACCAGCUCGAGGCCCGCAUCUCUGAGAAGCGCUUCCUGACGGCGGUCGAGGUGCUGCAGACGGCCCUGCGCAAGCUGACCAAGCCCGAGCUCGACGGAAUCGGCGCCCUGGUCGACCUGCGCAGCUACCUGGCCAACCAGGAGACGGCCCUGAUGGACAUACUUGUCGAGGAGCUGCACGAGCACCUGUACCUCAAGUCCCCCUAUUGCCAGGAGAGGUGGCAGAACCUGGCCAAGUCCCAGGGCUCCUUCAGCGAGGCUUUCGCCGAGAACAGUAACCUGGCUCCCUUCCUCGGCGUUCUCGAUACCAUGGACCUCGAUCGCGCCGUGCAGGAGGAUCCGGGGCGGAACCCCGAGGCCGACACGUUCUACUACAUCUCGCUAGUCAUCGAAUCGCUCAACAAGCUCGGCCGUCUCGAGACGGCCGUCGAUACGCUGAAGCAGCGUCUGCCGGUUGAGCUAUUCUCUAUCGUCAACGAGACCAUCAACGAAGUCGACCAGAAGCACCCGAGCUCGCUUAGAGGUGGCUCUACGGGCCCCCAGGGGCUCCACGUCUACGGCAAUCGCGAGACACAGCUCAGGGCCGACGUCAUCCAUGACCUGCUGUGGACCCUCUACGGCAAGUUUGAGGCCAUAGCCGAGGGCCACAGGGUCCUCCAUGAGUACAUCAAGUCACUCAUCCGCCGCGAGGGCGCAGGCAACAACAUCGCUCUUCUUGGGAGUUUCAAGGAGCUCUGGAACCUGUACCAGAACGAGCUCCGGUCUCUCCUCCACAGCUACGUUACGACCGACGCGGACGUUUACCAGUUCAACUCUCCGAGACCUGGGGCAACGUCAGACGGCACCUCCAAGACGAGGCAGGACUUCUUCAAGUUUUCUAAUUCGGAUGUCAAGUCUACCGAGAUGACGACCGAGUACGAUGAGCUGGACGGCAUUAUCCGUGCCGCUGUUCCGGGCCUGACCAGCGCCGGCCGCAAGCCGGGCGACAAGAAGCAGCAGCAGCAGGGCGUGGGGCGUGGCGAUGCCGGCAAGCGCAGCACCGGCAUAGGCGGGUUCGAGGGCAACAGCCGACAGAGUGGCGACGUCCACAAAUCGCUAGUUGAGCCCAGCGUCUUCAACAUGAGCCUCCUACUACCCCCGACCCUAGUUUUUCUGCAGCGGCUCAAGGGCAUAGUGCCGCCCGGGUCGGAUCUGGCGACGAGUACUCUGACGUCGUUUCUGGAUAACUUCCUGGUCAACGUGUUCCAGCCCCAGCUGGACGAGACGCUGGGCAAGCUGAGCGACACAGUCUUUGGCGAGUCGGACUCGUUCCAGCAAGACCCGGACUGGAGCCUGGUGGCGCGGCGCCCGGUGUUCAAGGGAGCCACGGCAUUCUUCGCCAUAGUGACGGCCUUCUGCCGCAUGCUGGGCACGAUCCCACACGACCAGGCGCUCAGCACCCUGAUUAUCGGGCAGAUGAUGCGCUACUACGACCGCUGCUUAGGCUGGUACCAGGCGCUGGUGGCAAAGACGGAGGAGGACGCCAAUGUCGAGCGGCAAACGCUGCGCGUGUCCGCCGUAAUGGCCACACAGUCGUCCGAGAUUCUCGAAACAAUGAAGCAGCUUUGGACGGCCGAGGGCGGCGUCGAGGCCAACGCGGGCCUCCUGGGCAAGGAGAUCGCGCUGUUGGUCGAGCGUACCAACGAGAAGCGACUCGAGAUGGGCGACAUCAUCUCGGACCGCGACACCAUCUCAUCGCUCUGCCUGCUCUACACGAGCAUGAAGUGGCUGGCCGCAAAGGUUGUGGGCCUGCGCCACAUCACCAAGAGCGACGCCGAUUCGUCCAACAACCUGCCCAAGCAGCAGGGCGGCCGGCGAUGGACGCUUUACAACGACCCGUCCAAGGCGACGACGGAGCACGGGCCCGUCUACCUCCCCAUGACGCAGGAGACUGUCAACUCCUUCGACAAUAUCGUCGCGUCAUACGAGGAGCUCGCGGCCACGGCGCUGCUGACGCUUCACAUGGAGGUGCGGUGUCGCAUCGUGUACUCGCUGCGGACGGCGCUGUCGCCCGACACGGCACCCUACCUGCUGGAUCAGGAGGUCACGGAGCCGGACCCGCAGAUCAUCUCGCUCAACGGCGAGCUGGUGGCGUACGACGAGACGACGGCGCGGUUCCUGCGCGAGCGCGAGGUCUCGUUUGUGCGCCAGGGGCUGGGCCUGCUCAUCAACUCGUACCUGGUCGGCAACGCCCCGCUCGUGUCGCCCAUGAACUCCAAGGGCUGCGGCCGCAUGCGGCUCAACAUCCUGGUGCUGCAGCAGAACCUCAAGAACAUCGAGGAGGGCGUCAGCCUCUCGCGCGCAGACGACUACUUCUCCCUGUUCGAGGCCGGACCCGACGCCAUCGUCGAGAGGGCCAAGGCGGACGCCGCCGCCGCGCCGGUCGGGGAGGAUGGCGCCGCCGCCACCGGGGGCGGUGGUCACCGCUUCUCUUACGACGAGCUCAAGGCCCUCGUCGAGCUCUGCUUCAGUGAGCAGCUGUCAAACCCAGAGCGCGGCAUCGCCAGCGCCGCCAAGAGGCAAAUGGCCGACAAGAUGCUGGCCCUCAGCGAGCAGAUGUGGCAGACGUGAGGAGAAUCUAGCCACUGGGUUCUCCUGUCCCUUGGCCUAUUGUUACGAUCUUUGGUAUGAUAUCCGGCGCCGCGGUCUUUUUUUCAAUUCCCAGACUUUUCCUUUCAGUUCUCCUAGUUUUAGUCCUAUCUAUAUCACCUAGAGUUGUGUUCUGGGACGCUUGGUUUCAUCGUACAGCGAAUCAUAAAAUGCAUCUUCUCUUCGCCCCCAUUUUGGCAUCCACGUUUACUUUCUGUAGGUCAGGUCAGGGGUAAUGGUAAGGAUGAACAAGGAAACGCGCAUGUUUGCAUUUGUGAAACGUGGUCGCCGCAUGGGCGUAAAUAUUCU